AUGGCUGACAACAACAAAACAACGACAAAAACAAUAAAUGAUUUGAAAUUGGUACAACUGCAGGAGGGAAAUUUGAAUAAUGUUAUGGAAUAUUUGACGAAACAUUUCAUCCCAAACGAACCGACCGCGCGUUCAGUUGGUAUGUCCGGCAGCGAUGGGUGGGAGAUUACUGAAGCAACAGUUCAAACUUGUCUCAAAUUUCCGUAUUCUUAUGUUUUAAAAACCGAAAAGAAUGAAAUAGUUGCCAUUCGUUUGGCUUCAGUAAUAGAGCGACCAAAAUUAAAUGAAACAUGCGAACGUGGAAAUGACGACAAAUUUAUGUCAUCAAAAGAAACAAAGCAGCAAAGCGAAAAGGAAACGAAAAGAAUAGCGAUGUCAGCAAUUGAAAUAAAGCAAUUGCUUGAGACAUUGGAAUUGAAGAUAUGGGAUUUGGUGCCAACUUCAACUAAAAAGCUUUUAGCAAUUAUGAUCAUUUCAACACAUGAAAAAUACACUGGACGUGGAUUGAUGCGUGAAUUGUUAACGUUUGAUUUGACGGAACAAAAACGUGAUGGUAUUCAGGGUGGAAUUAGUGAAGCAACUGCAAUUAACUCUCAAAAGUUAUUCGCCAAAUUGGGCUUUGAAGUCCUCUACCAAAUAAAUUAUAAUGAAUGGUUAGACAAAAAUAACAAACAAAUAUUCAAAUGUGAUGACCAAACAGAUUGUGCUCAACUUGUUUAUCGAUUAUAUUGA